AUGGCCUCUCGAAACUCAAGCUCCCACUCUAAAAAAAAUGACAACAAAGCAAAUGUUCCAGCUUCUGCUACACCCGCUUUUGCAGCUACUACAGCUACUACUACCGCUACUACAGCUGCUACUUCUUUUUCUAAUCCUUGUCACAAAGAAAAAGAUAAAAAGAAAUGCCCAACGGAAAAGACUUUGUUGCUAAAAAAUGGAGACCAACAAGAAACCGGUAAAAAUGUUUGUAAAAAAUCAAAUGAAGAAGCCGUUGCUAACCCAUUAUCCAGAAUACCAAACACAUCGUCAGCUGCUCCACCGAACGAGGAUAAAUUCCGUAACGACAUUCCCGAUUCUACUGAAGUUUCGCCAGAUGAGAGUCUAGAAACUGAUCUUGAGGAAGAAGAAAAUAAAUCACAAUUAAGUUUAUCCAUAAAAUUGGAAACGAUGCAUUACAGACUCGCUUUUGGGUUUGCAACUAUGGCAAUAGGGCUGGCUGUUGCUAGCGGGCUGUACGCUGUAUACAGGGUUCUCACACCAGGUCUCAUCGCGGAAGAAUCGCAAGUUGUGAAGAUGAGGCACCGUGACGAAUACAUCCCCCUGAAGCAGUUGAAGCUACUCGCCGGCGACGACCACAAAAACAAACCGGACGACAAAAAAGAUGACGACAGCGCGUCCGUUCAGCCUUCUACAAAGCAGCAAAUUUUUCCUCAAAGAGCCAGCGGAAGCUUGCGCGGAUCGGCCAAGGAAAAUUUUUCAGGAUCGGGAAAUAUUCCUGGAGAGUCUAUAGAACUAGCUGAACUUAAUCCUGCAGCUUUAGUAAUCCCGGCAGCCCAGUUAGAACCAGCGGUACAAUUAGAUCCGGCGGUUCAGUUUGAUCCGGCCGUACAAAUGGGAGCGUAUAAUUAUGGAAAUGAGGCUAGGUUAAGGAGUAGGAGCAGAGCUAAUGCGGAUCUUUAUUGCUCGUAUAUGGAAAAUAAAACAUUCGCGAGCUUAUUAUUAUUUUUACUUCUACUCAUUGUUAUCGCUUUGAUUGCACGUCCAGUAACAAGAUGGAUUAGUGAACUUGCAUAG